ACUCGGCCUUGCGGUCUUGCGCUCGACUGCUCGACAAUCUGCUGCUUUCCCUGGCGUUCCACAAUUCUGUGCGGACUAACAUGGCGGGGGUAUUAAAGAAGACAACUGGCUUGGUAGGUCUUGCAGUUUCCCAAAAUCCCCAUGAGCGUCUGAAGGUACUUUAUACCAAAAUCUUGGCAUCACUACAGGUUAUUCCUAAAGAUGCAGCCUAUCGAAAAUACACAGAGCAGAUAGUAAACGAUCGUCUUGAUAUGGUUAAAUCGGAACUUAACAUUGAGAACUUGGAAAAAAAGAUCAACUGUGGUCAAAUAGAAGAAGUUAUUCAACAGGCUGAAAAUGAACUCUCUUUAUCCAGAAAGAUGGCUGAAUGGAAACCUUGGGAACCUUUAAUUGAAGAAGCACCAGCAAACCAGUGGAAGUGGCCAGUUUAAAAACAGAAGUCUAUCUAGAUUUAAAAAAACAGUAUCAUUCUUUACCUGUACUUCAUUGUGUAAUUGCAAACACUGUUAAAAAUAUUUAUGUGAAAUAAAAUUUCUUACUGCAGUAUGCAAAAUUAAUAAAAAAAUGUGAAUAUUUUUCAGUGUUAA